CACUUUUGCCGCAACAGUUACGGUACAAACGAGUGUACAACCAGACGUAUUUUUUCUCAUUUAUAAAAAUAUCAAACAAAAUUAAAUACAAUUUCUUUCGUUUCCCGCCUGUGUUCAAUUUCGCACGAAUGUCAUAUUUCAUAUAAAUAAAUAUCGAGUAUUUAACAAACAUUAACGCGAGUGUUGUUGUUUUUUUUUUUAAUUAUUUUCGUAAAAUACAUAUAUUUUUCAAUAUUUUUGGAAAUUAUUUCUAUACAAAUGCAUAAAUAAUUUUGGCAAAAAACAAAAUUAAAGAAAAAAUAAGUAAUACCCAAUAAUGUUCAAGGUUUAAAAGUCAUAUUCAAUGUGAAAUAUACGAAAAAUUAAAUAAAAAGAUUAAUAAUAUAUUUUGUUGUUUUGAAAUAACUUGCAUUUAUAAGCGAAAUUUUGAAAAUUUUGCUUUAAAAAUAAACAUUUUAUAAAAAUUUCAAAAGUGUUCUUAAAAAAGCCUGUAAUAUUUUUCCUACAAAUAAAUUUUAUCUAUUGUUAGUUUUAUAAAAAUAAAAUUAUAAUACAAACAACAUGCCCGAGAAACUACAAGAGGGACACUCGUUUUUAAAACGUGCCAACACCGAUAAAUUACGUGAAGUCUUCCAAAAAUACGCAACAUACGAAAAGAAUGGUGAACAUUUUAUGACUAGCGAAGAUUUUGUAAGGAAAUUUUUGGGUUUAUUCACAGAUGCCGCAUUUAAUGAUGAAUCAGUGCGUUUAUUAGCUGGUAUUGCAGAUACAAGCAAGGAUGGACUUAUAUCAUUCUCAGAAUUUCAAGCUUUUGAAGGUUUAUUAUGUACACCAGACGCUUUAUAUAAAACAGCUUUUCAAUUAUUCGAUCGUCAAGGCAAUGGCACAGUAUCCUACAGUGAUUUUGCUGAUGUCGUACAAAAAACUGAACUACAUUCAAGAAUACCUUUUAGCCUAGACAGUCCCUUUAUUAAACGAUAUUUUGGUGAAAAAAAACAACGUUUAAUUAAUUACGCUGAAUUUACUCAAUUACUUCAUGAUUUUCAUGAGGAAUAUGCGAUGGAAGCAUUCCGUAGCAAAGAUCCAGCUGGUUCUGGAUAUAUUUCCCCAUUAGAUUUUCAAGAUAUUAUGGUUAAAGUUAAAAGGCAUUUACUCACCGCCGAUGUUAAAGAUAAUUUAGUAGCUGUCACCGAAGGCCAUAAGGUAAGCUUUCCAUAUUUUAUGGCUUUCACCUCGUUGCUAAAUAAUAUGGAAUUGAUAAAACGCAUCUAUUUACAUUCUACACAAGGUAAUCGCACAGAACCCGUUACCAAAGAUGAACUUUUAUAUGCUGCUCAAACUAUGAGUCAAAUUACUCCAUUAGAAAUUGAUAUUUUAUAUCAAUUGACUGGAGCUUUACAUCAAACUGGCCGUGUUGUCUAUAGCGAUUUAAGCAAUAUUGCACCCGAGCAUUAUACGAAGCAUAUCACCACUAGAUUGGCUGAAAUAAAGGCCGUCGAAAGUCCAGCCGAUAGAUCAGCAUUUAUACAGAUUUUAGAGAGCACAUAUCGUUUUACAUUGGGCUCUUUGGCAGGCGCUGUGGGUGCUACGGUUGUUUAUCCCAUUGAUUUGGUCAAGACACGCAUGCAAAAUCAGCGCACAGGUUCAUAUAUUGGUGAGGUGGCCUAUAGAAAUUCCUUUGAUUGCUUUAAAAAGGUCAUACGCCACGAAGGUGUCUUAGGUCUUUACCGUGGUCUACUGCCUCAACUGAUGGGUGUGGCACCCGAAAAAGCCAUUAAAUUAACUAUCAACGAUUUAGUGCGUGAUAAAUGCACCGAUAAACAGGGCCAAAUACCCUUGUGGUCUGAAAUUUUAGCUGGUGGUUGUGCUGGUGCCUCUCAAGUGGUCUUUACAAAUCCUUUGGAAAUUGUUAAAAUUCGUUUGCAAGUUGCUGGCGAAAUAGCGGGCGGCAGUAAAGUUCGUGCCUUAUCGGUUGUGCGUGAUUUGGGUUUGUUUGGUCUGUACAAGGGCGCUCGUGCUUGUCUGCUGCGUGAUGUGCCAUUCUCGGCCAUUUACUUCCCAACUUAUGCCCAUACGAAGUCCUUGUUUGCCGAUGAUGAAGGCUACAAUCAUCCUCUAACUUUAUUGGCGGCUGGUGCCAUAGCUGGUGUACCAGCUGCUUCUUUGGUAACACCUGCCGAUGUGAUAAAGACCCGCUUACAGGUGGUGGCUCGAUCGGGUCAAACCACCUACUCUGGAGUAUGGGAUGCUACAAAGAAAAUUAUGGCUGAAGAAGGUCCCAGAGCAUUCUGGAAAGGAACAGCCGCCCGUGUCUUCCGUUCAUCACCACAAUUUGGUGUCACCUUGGUGACAUACGAAUUGCUGCAACGUCUCUUCUACGUUGACUUUGGUGGCUCUCAUCCCACUGGCUCAGAAGUGCACAAACCCAAAGCCAUUGACACCUCCAAUUUACGCAUUAAUGCCGAUCACAUUGGUGGCUAUCGUGCUGCUGUACCUCUACUAAAUGGUAUCGAAUCGAAAUUUGGUCUAUUCCUACCCCGUUUCGGCCACAUCCAAACACAGUCGUCAGCGGCAAAUACGAAAACAACAUCAUGAUGACGAUAUCGUAGUUUAUAUUAAGUUUAAAUGCCAGUUCAUUUUAUUUCUAAUCUUUCUUUUUUCAUUUUAUUUUUUAAAUUCUACUAAAUACAAUUCUUAUCAUUUCUUUAAGUUUAAAAUAAAAAUUAUUUAGUUUUCAUAAAACACAAAAUAAAAUAAAAACAAUAAAAAGUGAGAAAAUUUAAAAAAAAUAUUCUAAUUCAUAACUCUACAAUCAUUAUUAAAUUGUUUAUUUAGUAAAGAGAAAAAUAAUUAUUAAAAAUGAAAAAAAACAUCAUACAAAGCAACAAAUUGAGAAAAUCACAAAUAAAACAAACCAAAAACUCAAAAACAAA